AUGUUUUUCAAGAUUAUUGACUACGUCAAGGAAAACCAAUCUGUCGCCGACUUCGAGUACGAACUCAUGGCUUUGUACUACGGUAAGUCUGCUGCAAAAAUCACUUUCAACGGAAAGCUCACUCAGAAAGAGAGAGAGUCCCAUCUGCAGCAUCUUAAGCAAAAGAUGAUGAAGGACAAUGGCUUGUACCAAGCCUACCUCGAAGAUUACAUUGCGUUCCAGCGCAACAAGGCCAACACCCUUCGCUGGCACACGGAGGAUCCGAAGGUUCUCAUGUACAGGAGUUAUUGUGCAAGCGCCGAGUACAACGCGUUCCAGGCACUCUGCGAGGGACGCCCCGUUGAAGACGUCGUGGUUGUCCAGGAGCAGCUCGUCUUGCCUUAUUAG